AUGGUUCUCAAUUGGUUUCGAGACUAUCUUAAUAAUCGGACUCAAAAGGUUGUCAUAGAAGGGGUAUGCUCUGGCUGGACACAUAUGACUUCUGGUGUGCUUCAGGGCAGCACACUGGGACCUUUGCUGUUUGUUAUUUUCAUAAACGAUCUUCCGAAUGCUGUGCCACAGACAACGAAAGUUGCGCUAUAUGCUGACGACACCAAAUCAUUCAGAGGAAUAACUUCCGAAGGUGAUUCUUGUGACUUACAACAAGCUCUAUCUAAUUUCUCGACCUGGAGUAGCAACAGCAACAUUUCUUUUAACGAGUCGAAAUGCAAGACGAUGACAGUUACUAGGAAGAAACAACCUAUCCCCUUUAUCUAUCAUCUUGACCUGUUUCCUAUCAAUAAGGAAAAGAAGAAAAAGAUCUCGGUGUACUAA